AUGUCCCAACAGGAACUCGACCCCAAGUACGACCAGUACGACUUCCCGACCGUCGCCCCGACGCCCGGAAAUGGCCACCCUGGCCACCUUACGCCUGAGCAGAAGGCCCAGGUCUCCCAGCUGCGCCUGAUGCUCGAGUCUGAUGGCUACAGCAAGCGUCUCGACACCUUGACUCUGCUGCGUUUCCUCCGCGCCCGCAAGUUCGAUGUCAACCUGGCCAAGAAGAUGUUCGUCGACUUCGAGGAAUGGCGGAAAACAACCAAGCUUGACGAGACCGUGCCCACUUGGGAGUACCCCGAGAAGGAGGAGCUCUUCAAGUUCUACCCUCAGUACUACCACAAGAACGAUAAGGAUGGCCGUCCUGUCUACGUCGAGCAGCUCGGCGGCAUCGAUUUGACCGCCAUGUACAAGAUUACCACCGCGGAGCGCAUGUUGACCAACCUGGCCGUUGAGUACGAGAAGUGUGCCGACCCCCGCUUCCCCUCCUGCUCCCGCAAGUACAACCACCUCGUUGAGACCUGCUGCACCAUCAUGGAUCUCAAGGGUGUCACCAUCACGCGCGUGCCCCAGGUCUACAGCUACGUCAAGCAGGCCUCCGUCAUCUCCCAGAACUACUACCCCGAGCGCCUUGGCAAGCUCUACAUGAUCAACGCCCCUUGGGGUUUCUCCACCGUCUGGAGCGUCGUCAAGGGCUGGCUCGAUCCCGUGACUGUCCAGAAGAUCAACAUCCUCGGCUCGGGCUACCAGAAAGAGCUCCUCGCCCAGAUUCCCGCCGAGAACCUGCCCAAGGCCUUCGGCGGUAAGUGCGAGUGCCCGGGCGGCUGCCACAUGAGCGACGCCGGCCCGUGGCACGAGAAGGAGUGGACCAAGGAGCCCUGGUGGUCGAAGCCUGAGGCCAAGGCCCCCGCCGGCGACGUCAUUGAGAACAAGGGCGGCGAGACAGUCACUGCCCCUGCUGAUGCUUCCGCUCCUGCCCCCGCUGCCGCUGCCGAUGCUACUGCGGACACCAAGGCCCCUGCUGCUGCAUAA